AUGAAAAAUAUUGGAAUAUAUACAUACAGGUUCUCCAUCUCCUGGUUUAACUUUUGGGGAGGCUCAGAACUACCAGGCGGGGCGCUUGGUCGAGGGAAAACCCUAGCCGCCACUCUGCUCUCUGCUGACCUUCUUCCUUCUGCUUCUCCUCCGGCUCUGCCGGAGGACCUCCUCUCCUCCACACUUCUAUGGAUUCUUCUCUCCAUAUCACUAACUUUCCCCCUCUUGCUUCAUCUUCAGCGGGAGGAGUUCGCUCUUCUCCGAAAGAUUGGAGCCAGGUAUUUGCAACCGAGCAUAACUCCCCAAAAGCCUUCAGUUUUUCUCAUUUCCCUUCUGAGCCUGAGGUCAUCCCCUUCUCGGGCGACAAGCUUCAACAAGGUGGUGAAGAUUGGAAACUUUGUCUCGUUGUUUUCUUGUAAUGAUGAUUAUGAGAUGGUUUGGACAAGAGGAGUUUGGUUCUUGCUUGGGAAACCUUUUGUCCUGCAAAAAUGGCAUCCGAAAUUCACCCCCACUAAGGAGGAUUUCACUUCGGUUCCCAUCUGGGUCAAGAUCCAUGACCUGACUCUUGCAUGUUGGAAUUCGGAGGGCAUUUCGCGUAUUGCUAGCAAAAUUGGAGUUCCCCUUGCAGCUGAUAGUCUGACGGAGCAAAAGACCAGAUUGACAUAUGCUCGCAUAUGCGUUUUGGUAGAUCGUGACGCCACUUACCCGGAGGAGAUUAAAGUGUCUCUGGAUGGGGAUAUUGUCUGCCUCAAAGUGCAAUACGAAUGGAGACCCUAUCCCUGUAACCAUUGUAAGUCUUUAAUGCAUUUAUCUGCUUCAUGUCCUACUAUUCCAGAAAAAGAACGAACUGUUCAAGUGAAUGAUGGGAACUCUAAGCGUGGAAGGAGUAAUAGUAGGAAACCUCGUUUUCGCUCUUUCUCUAAUUCUAUGAUUGUUUCUACUAUUCCGGAAAAGUCUGUUGUUCUACCUAAUUUGCCUCCUAACUUAAAUGUGGUUCAGUCUUCUUCCGAGCCCACCAUAAUUGCCACAGACAAAUCUCCCACCAUUAAUGCGGUUAUUAAUGAGUUAGGGAUGACAUCUCUGUAUCAGCCUCACUCCCCCAAAUUGCACAACCCUCUUAUCUGCUCUUCCCCACCGAAAAUUACUAUCUCAGAAGAUAAUACGGCCAAGGACAUUCCAAAUCUUAAUUCACCUCAAGAGGCUGCUGCCUCUUCCUCCAAUGGCUCUCUAUCUAAAAGCAGUCAUCAGGAAAAUGACAUUACAUCUCCCAAUAAGUUUGGGGCCCUUAAUAUUGAGGAAGAUACUAGUUUGCAAACUGAAGUUCUAGUUAGGCCGGUCAACGUCAUGUUAGCUAAUAAUGCUGAAGGGAAUUCGGAUAAAAACAACAAAGCUAAUGAGAAGGCUAAACCUUCUUAUGUCAAUGUGGUUUCUAAGAAAUCUGCUAAGGGGAAGGAGAUUAUCUCCGGGGCUGUUUCGGUUGCUAACUCCCCUCUUAUGGAAAUUUCUGUCAUUUAUGCUUCUAACAGCAGCUUAGAGCGUAAAGAUCUCUGGGAUUUUAUUGUCAAAGUAGCUCCUCCUGGCAAUUUUCCUUGGGCUCUCAUUGGGGAUUAUAAUUGCUGCAGGUAUGCCUCUGAGAAGUUGGGGGGAACGCCCAUCUCCCAUUCCAACUUGUCUGAUUUCAAUAACAUGAUUUUCAACAAUAAGCUUGUGGACUUACACUCGGUUGGUUGCAAAUUUACGUGGUUCAAUCAAAGACCUGAUAAUCCAAUUCAUAUCAAGCUUGAUAGAGUUCUUGUUAAUGAUGGUUGGUUGAAUGUUUUUUCUAACUCAUAUUGCUCUUUUCAAAGUCCUUCCUGCUCGGAUCAUUGCCCAGUUAUCCUUCAUCCGGGUGGUCUUAAUCGGGUUUUUCACAGGUUUUUAUUCAAAAAUUAUUGGACAAAAAUUGAUGGUUACUGGAAACAUAUCCUGCAUCUUAUCAGCUCUCCUUGUCUGGGUAAUCCUCUGAGUCAUCUUUGUAAUUCCUUGAAAAAUUUAAAAGGUGAAAUCAAAAAAGAGAAAUGGGCUUCCUCUACUUCCGUUAAAAGGCAUCUUGAUUCCCUUCAUCAAAAGCAAAGAGAUCUUUUGGAUAGUUUGCAAGUGGAUCCUCUCAACCCCAUCCUGAAUCAUGAUUACAAGGUUAAUAAUAUUGCCUUGACCAAUUUCACUUCAUUACAAGCUUCAUGGAUUAUUCAAAGAGCCAAAGUGAACUGGCUAAAGCAUGGUGAAGAUGAUCUUAAAUUUCUCUUUGGCAAAAUCAAAAGAAGAUUGGGUAGUUCCAAUUCCAUUGCUAAUCUUAUGGCCUGUAACCCAAAUUCCACUAGAGCUGAGGUGAUAACUUCUAUCCUGCACCACUUUCAGGAAUUAUAUAAUCCUCCUCUUCCUACUAUCCUGGAUUUGGAUAUUUUUCCUAUUGGCUCGGUUUUUCCUGAUUCACAUGUCAGCUUGCUUGUUUCCUCUGUAUUGGAUGAAGAGAUUCAACAAGCGGUUUUUAACGGGUCUUCUACUUCGGCCCCCGGUCCAGAUGGCUUUAACUUCCACUUUUAUAAGUCUGGGUGGCACAUUCUUGGCCCUAUGGUGUGCAGGGCUAUCAAAUCUUUUUUCCUUAAAGGUUACUUACCUAAUGGGGUUAAGGCCACAGCACUUGCUAUUAUUCCAAAACAUAAAAAUGCUGCUAGUAUUAAUGAGUUUAGACCCAUUGCACUGUGCAACGACCUGUACAAAAUCAUUGCUAAAGUGAUGGCUGAUCGUCUUAGACCGGUUAUUAGUAUGCUUGUUAAGAAUAAUCAAGCUGGAUUUGUGAAAUCCAGAGUCUCUACUGAUAGCAUUCUUCUGGCCAGUAACAUUCUCUAUUAUUCUGGAAAAAAAGGUGGUUUCAAUAUUUUCUGCGCUAAACUCGACAUUAAAAAAGCCUUUGAUUCUGUAUGUCGGGAAUUUUUGUUGGCAAGGUUAAUCCAAAAAGGGAUUCCUAGUGAGUUUGUUUGUUGGGUUAAAGCUUGUAUCACUAAUGUUAAUUUUUCCAUUGUGCUUAACGGGGCCUUAGAGGGUUAUUUUUCCACUACUGCUGGACUAAGGCAAGGAUGCCCUCUUAGUCCUUAUCUCUUUUGCUUGGUGAUGGAUGCUUUUUCUAAUCUCCUCGAGGGCAGAGGCUUUAAAGGUAUAUCCUUUGAUAAAUUUUCCCUCACUCACUUGCUUUACGCAGAUGAUGUUCUGAUCUUUGGUGAGGCUACUUUAGACAAUUGUAAUAUCCUCAAUUCUGUUCUCAGAGAUUUUGCUAAUUCCACUGGGCUCCAUGUCAAUCAUGAUAAGUGUUCUAUCAUGUUUCCCAAGCAUCUAGUCAAUCAGCUUGAUAUUUGCAAUGCACUGGAUAUUCAUAACAUCGUCAAUAAGAUCAAUUAUCUGGGAAUUCCCCUCUCUUUUUAUAGGCUUAAAAUUGAGGAUUUCUUGCCUCUUUUGGAUUGUAUCAACAGGAAAUUGAAUGGAUGGAAGGCAAAUUUACUUUCGUUUGCUGGUAGGUUACAAUUCUUGAAAUUCACCAUCCAAAACUCCAUUGCCUAUUGGAUUAGAGGAUCUAUUUUACCUAAAUCUGUUUAUAAGGUUUUUAAAAGGCAGAGCUCUCGGUUCCUGUUUUUUGGUGAGACCACUUCUUCUAAGAAACUCCACAUGGUUUCUUGGGACAACAUUUGUAAGCCUAAACUCAAGGGUGGUCUUGGUAUUCCUUCUAUUUCUGCUAUGCAAUAUGCUUUUAAUUGCUCUGUGAUUUUCAGAAUGUACAAUGAUUUUACUCCUCUUUCUACUUGGCUGUUGCAAAAAUAUAGGAGUCCCUGGAAGCCGCCUCAUAUCAAUGAUUCUAAACUUUGGAAAAGUAUUUGUAAAACUGCUUCAGAUGCUAAAUCCUGUUUUAGAUUUAAUGUCACGCCUAAUGCUUCUAUUUCAUUGCUUUGGGAUCACUGGUGUCACAACUUAACCCUUUCUGAAUUUACUGGGGAUGACUCUCUGGAACAUAUGCCGGAUUGCUUUUUACAUGAAUUAAUGACUGGUUCCACUUGGUCUUUGCCUGGGCAUUUUACUGCUUUGAUUCAUAGCACUCUUAAUGCCAUCCCCAUUUCGGAUAAUCCUGGUCCUUCUAUGUGCUGGAAAAACAAAAAGAACCAUAAAUUUAGGCAUUUUAUUGAAGAGUUUUACUCUGAUUAUGAUCACUGUGGCUGGCAUAAAAUGGUUUGGCAUAAACGUAAUUCUCUUAAGCACACGGUUUUUGUUUGGUUGGCUCUAGUGGGUGGCCUGAAGACUGCGGAGGCUCUUAAAAUUAGACAGAUUCAUGUCCCGUUACUCUGCAAUUUUUGCCUAUCUAAUGCUGAAUCUGUUUCUCAUUUGUUCUUUGACUGCCCGUAUUCUUUUUACAUUUUGAACUCCCUCAUUCCUGGGAGCAGCUGUUUUCUUUUGAGGCCUUCGAUUUUGCAAAUGUAUGACUGGUUGUCUGAUGUUUAUGGGGAUAAUUCUGAGAAGUUGAAUUUUUAUAAGCUGACGGUGGGCUGUGUUAUUUAUUAUACCUGGAGAGAACGUAACAAUAGAAGGUUUGGAGGUGUUUCCUUUUGGCCCUCCGAUCUCGUCGCUCUUUCGCCUGCUGCAUACGCCUUGUCUGGACGAUGA